CAUCCUGAGCGGGACUAAGGAAGCUUGUGGGUGCGCAGAUGGCUAAUAAGGCCAAUCUGUGCACGGAAAAGCCUGGGGCACUGAGGGCAUGGUAUUGUUGCAGCUUUGGGAUCUUGAGACUUUCUGGCGGCUCUACGCUCCUCUGCGGCAGCUGUCCAAUUUGCCUCGCAUGCCGCAGCACCGUUGCGAAUGACACGGCGCCAACCUUGACGGUUUUGUGCCAGAAGCUCCCACGAGCGUUUUCCGUGCUGAAGCUCACCAAACAGAAGUUUCUUAGGAAGCCGUUCAUCAGGCAUACGAGCUACGUGCCCCGCCCAGCGGAGCUGAGACUGUUUCAGGAUGGUGUGAAUGCUGGGCAGACCUGCACGUGCAAGGACCUCAGUAUCCGGGAUCUUUUCUUGCCAGCGAACAUUGCAGUGUAAUCUAGCAGUGUAAUCUAGAAAUAAAGUAGCACCAUACGAUA